ACCCUAUUUCUAUUACACCUUCUCUCUUCACUCACUGUAUAUAUAAUUACAAUAUCAAGCCCCACUGAAGCCAGGCUGAUUCCUCUCCAUCACAUCUCUUUCUUCUCUUUUCUCUCUAUAGGAGUUGAUCAUUGUUAUUUACAUGGAGGAGAAGUGGAAACUUUCGAAGAAAGAUUGUUCAACUAGUCAUGCAUCCACUUCCAAGUCUUCUUCAUUCACAAGAAGUUUUUCAACAAGGAGUACUUCUUCUAAGUCUCCACUCUUGCAGAAGAGUUCUUCAUCUAAACAUGCUCUUCCUCGCAGUUUUUCACACAAGGGUUCUUCAUCUUUUUCGCAAAAGUGUACAAGUUUGGCCAAGGAAAAGAAGGCAAGGUUUUAUAUCAUGAGGCGCUGUGUUGCCAUGCUCGUUUGCUGGCAUAAACAUGGUGAUUCUUGAGAGACCAAGAGAGAUCAACUCUGCAGCCCGCCUCUUUUUUUGUUUUCUAGAUUCAGAUGUAAUUACAAUUGAGAAGAGCUACCAACUUUUACACAAUGUAAUAUUAAAUCAAUCCAACUCUGAAAGUACAAACAGUGAUUCACUGAUCUUGAUUCUGCUACUUUUUCUUCACUAUUUUAGAUCUCAACAAUAUCAGCAGAAGCUAGCUUUUGAGCUGUUUGUUCCAUUUCAGAAAGAGAGAUUCCUUUCAGCUGUUAAACGGGAAAUAUGUAUAAUAAUUAAGAAUAAGACAUUAUUCUUGAUUGGAUUGUACCUGCAUUGGGAAUGAAAGUCACCUUUUCUCA